UCGAACAUAAUGACUUUCCAUUAUAAAUUUUUAUUGUGAACAACGGAACGGCAUAGUUUAGCAAUCUAGCGUUUUAAAGGUUAAAGACUUUUUACUUAAAUAAUAUUACAAUUUGCUCGUCUUUGUCAACUAGAAAUUACUAAAAAUCGUAUUAGAUGUGUAGAUUUGAAAUUAGUGCUAGUAUUUUGGGACAAAAAUUGAGGCUGCAGCAGUGACUAGUGAAAAAUUGCACUCCAUUUUCCAUUGUGGUGAGCUGAUGAACUUCCCAGGGUUCCGUGAUUAAGUUAUUGAGGUUGGACACGUAGCAGUGGUUUAAAGAAAAUCCGUUUGCAGCUGGUAGUUUUCGGUUUAGUUUUGUUUAAACUCUAGCUUAAGUGUUUGGAGCCGUGUGAGAUCAAUCGUUAACCGUACGAAUAAUGGAUGACGAAAGCAGCGACAGCUUGGACUCGAGUAGAGUUAAGCGGAAUGAGAGGUUCGAAAAACUGGGAUUCCGCCCGCAGAAGGAAUUGUUCUGCAACAAGUUUCUUCCGUACGCGGACCGUUUGGACGAUGAAUCGCAAGCCAUGUUGGACAACAUAAAAAAUAAUUUAGGGAAAGCCACGGCCAUGCGAGAAAUAACCCCGGGAGUGGCGAUUUAUGUUUCUCGGUUGACCAAGUACAUCAAAUUGUAUGGAAUGAAAUUUUCUAAGGAAGAUCAUAUAAAGUUUGUGAAAUUGUUAUUGGAACUCAUUAGCAUUCCAAAUCUUGAACCAGAUAAAGUUAACAAAUUUUGCUAUGCCCUCACUGUUUUGCUAAGGAAACCAGAAUGGUUAAGCCCAGAUGAUAUACAGAUUGAUUGGCGUCCGCUAUACAAAUUGAGUAACUUGAUCCUAAAUAAGAACUGUAGCAAAGGAGACCUCUAUCGUUGUUUUGCUUCGCUUGAAACCAAUCUUCAAUUUGCUAUCCAGUAUUGUGCACCAUAUUUCCCACGUUCAACAACGCAGGAAAUACUUGAUGAACUUCUGCCUAAGCUGCAACCGUUGGACACCGGAAGAGUUAUUGAUACGUUUGGCAUGUUGCACAUCUUUCUCAGCUGCGAGCAUGAUUACGAUUUAUGGUUCGACAAGUUUAUGACCAUCUGGGAUGCGUAUCAUAAUCCACCGUGGAGCAUUGAUAUGAUGACCAUUUUUGCAAACGUUGGCUUCAAAAAUAUCGGCUACAUCGAUUGGGAACCGUACAUCCCGACCAUGUUCGCUCGAAUACUACGAGCCAUUGAUUUUCCUGUCAGUUACAAAAAUACGAAAAGCUCCAAGCUUCAAAGCUUAGCACCGCAGUCCAUCGCGAUUUGGAUUGUAUCAGUACUGGGCCCGCGUACCUCGGCGCAGCAAUAUUUGAGUAAAUUCAUGGCUACAAUCGAGUCCUAUCUUCACCCUGCAAACAUGGGUAAAUGGGUGUCAAUGCUGGGAGAAAUUUUAGUUCAACUGCCUAAGUAUUUUUUCGAUCGAUUGAUUUUGGAGCGCUAUCGGAAGCACCCUUAUCGACGACCAAUCCCGGAAAGCCAUAAAUUGACCGAGGAUUGUAUAAAUGCGUUUGUGGAAUGCCUAAAACCGGUCGCGUUCCAAGCAAUGUAUUCUAGGAUGAAUCCUCAAGACGUCGGAAAAAUUUUCCAGCACCUUGCCGAUUUGCGACCGGAACUGAUUAUUCCUACUAUCAUUGAUCGAGUAUAUGCAAGCUUGGAUUCAUUAACCGAACCGCACAAAAUGACUGCCGCUUUGCAAAGUUUGAUAGGUGUUUCGAGGGCGCUAGUUUCCGGCCACAAAGGGUAUACGGAGGGCCGCAAUCACGUCAUUCCUAUUUUCUUUGCUACUCUACCCGGUAUCGAUCCAAAUGACUUCAAGAAGACAUCUAUCACAUUCCACUUUCUGACAUCCAUAUCUUUCCUCAUUCCGAUCAUAGAUUGUUCGCAAGCCGGACAGCACCAUGAGCUGACGGAUGAUGAACGGAUGCUUUGUGAGCAAACAGCGGAUUUCGAGAGCUUUGUGUUGCAAUAUAUGGAUAGAAUAUUUAUGCUUAUAGAAAGCAGUUCGGUUGACAAUGUGCGCAUGGAACAAUCGGAUUCAGAUUCGAUGCGAUCAAAGAUGGAAUCGAUAUCCGAAGCUUUGGUGCAGGCAUGUACUCACGGGAUUUUGGGUCAAUGUUCACAGGAUAUACUUAAUGCUUCCUCGAAAAAAUUGAUUGAUUACAUCAAAACGCGUCUUUUGGAACCGAAAGUGGCAGGACAGUUGGUUGGCUGUUUGGUUCGCGUUUUUGCGCGCAUCAAUGGAAUGGAAGUGCUACGAUCGUUAAUGCCUUAUGUGAUACAAACAAUAGAAAGGUACAUGGAAGAUCACGACGAUAUUGCUGAAGUGGAGAAACAAAGCGACGAAAUGGUUUACUAUAUGCUACUGUUGACUAACAUGAUGCGCGGGGACCCUAAAGAAGUAGUGAAGUAUGUGGAUGACGUUGUACCUAUUUUGGAUAAGCUUCUGAAAUUUAAGUGCAAACAAGCAAACAAGUACGGUUCGACAUUGCUGGCUAACUUAAUGAGUAAUCUGUCCACGUUGCAAACUUUGGAUGUUAAGAAUAGUCCAGAUAGUUUCGAGAAGCCUCUAUCCCAGUUCCUGCCAAUUCGAAGUUGGGGUGAGAAAAUGCCACCGGAUGGCAAAAUUAAUUGGUGUGUCCCAGAUCAGACAUCGUUGAAAGUGUGCGAGAAACUAAUGCACCGUUACUUGAUUCCGAUUAUGGACAACUUCCAAAAGUAUUGCAAUGAUGAAAUGGAAAUUUCUCGUGAUGAUAUUAACCGUGACGUUACGGUUAUCCAGUCAUUGAUACGGUGCUCGAAUUUCCUGCCCAACUGGGACGAUGAGGAACCGUUGAAACUGUUCGAUACCUGUUUGGACCGGCUGGAGAUGAGAUGGGUAGUUUCGAGAGGUUUCGAAGAUCUUACCAUUAAAAUGCCGGAUGGCGGAAACGUUCGGAAGGCUGUCAUAAGAUCGAUAAGUGCGUUGCAGAGGAAAAUCCUCGAAAAAUCAGAAGACGAUAUAAAAUCUUUGAAAUCGAUCUUAGUAAUAUACGAGAAAAUCUUCAUUCGUAAACACGCAAACAGUCCUUUUGAUAAUCAGGUCAAAAACUUUAAUAACACAAAAAAAUUCCAAACCUACCGGCUUACGCGGUUCAAGCGAGAUGUUCGGGCAGUUGUCGCGACCAGGGUUAUAAUGCAGCAAGACUGUCGCGAUGAAAUGGACCAACCGCUGUUUUCGGCGACGCAUCUGGAAGUGAUGAUGAAUCUUUUGGAACUGUCCACUUCUCACUACAGCAGUGUUCGCGGAGCGGCUCAAACCAAACUGUUCAAUAUGCUUACGACUUUCUCAUUCAGCUACAAAUUUCUGUCCGAUAAAAUUGUGGAACAUUUGCAGUUGGAUUCAAACGAACAGCACGAACGAUUCAAAGGUAUGCUGUACGUUUUGGUGUCCAAUCGUAGAUCCCGUUUGGUUAUCAAACAUGAUUGGGAGUUCCUUAGUAGGGUUUGGAUUAGUUUGUUGCAAUCGAAGCUUUCGGAGAAGCCAUCAGUUGUGAAGUUGUUGGAUGCCAUCACGGAGGUGAUCAACAAUGAAUUUCCAACGACUACUACGGAGCUGGAAGUUUCGGAAAGUUGUGUUCAGUGCGGCUUAGCACUCAGGACGCGUGAUGAACUGUUGGACAUAGAAUCAGGACGACAAGCGCGGAUAGCAAAAAAUCAAAAAAAUAUUCAUAUUUAUUACGAUCUUAUAGAACAGAUUCUUACAAUUGUGGAAAACGAUAAGCUUCACUGGCGAUACCAUUACAUGGCGUCCUCUAUGCUAUAUAACCUAGUACACCCCUUGACAAAGUAUCCCGCGUCCGUAGCUCGUUUUGCAGUGAAUAAUUUGAUUCAUGAUUCACUGGAUGAACGAAAAAUGGCUAUUUGUGUGCUUAAUCACGUGUUGCGUCAACAAAAGCGUGAGCAUAAGAAACUUGCCAUCAGUCCGUAUGCCAUAGCAGGUAUUGCGGCUGAGAAGGUCCCUAUCAAUGGUUCAAACGUUUGUCCAGGCUAUCGGGAAGAUAAUCAAUGGCUUCAGUACGAUGUAAUGAAAGUACCGAAGGAUCAAGAAGAAUGGGAUCAACCGCGUUAUCUAUAUAAAACGGAUGGAUUCUUUGGCUGGAGUAGUAACUUUGCUGUUUACGCACCAAGUGCUGUUCAACCGAAGUUGGAUAGAACGCCUGAUGACAUGAACGAAUGGGAAUGCAUCUUGUUUCGAUUUUUUGAGCAACAGGAAAACGUAGAUAAAUUAAUUAAAUUUUGGUCAUUAGAGGAAAAGAAAGGCCGCGACAAAUUCAACAGAAACCGUUUCUGUUUAAUAAAGGGAUUGAUGAAUACCUUUGGGGAUUUAUUUUUGGAUAAAUUCCUAGUACACUUGCGACGACUUAUUGAUGAUAAAACAUCGGAGAGUAGUCAUCGGUGUGCUGCUGAGGUAAUGGCUGGAAUAAUGCGAGGGGCUAAACAUUGGCCUUACGACAAAACUGCCAAGAUGUACGACGAGCUAGUUCCACUGAUCCGGCUUGCGUUGAACAAUGUAACGGUGGAUACCGAUGUGUACUGGGGCACAUGUUUCGCUACGGCAGCGGAAAAUAUGGAUCCUUCCAAGCAGUACUGGUUGCACGAAGUUUUGCUAGAAGAUCCAUUGCAGGAAACUACCAGUUUCAUCGAUUGCAAUCGGCUGUAUUGCCUGCAGGGAGCUUUUAAUCAACAUGUCUGGAGAAUGACUAGCGUUGCCAAGCGUUUGCUAGAAUACCUAAGGCCGUAUCUUAACCAUUCAUUUCAAAAUGUACGGGAACGGCUAGGCAGCACGUUGAUCAAUAUUUUUGAAGCCGAUUUGCGCUUCAAUGGUCAACUAGGAUUAGAACUAUCGCCGAAGACAGCCGAUAUGAUCGAGUACGUAAUGCCGAAACUCGGGGUCUUGCUGCACAAGGAACAUCCAACUGCUGCGUCCGAUAGUACAGAUGCUGGCGGCACCGUCGUUCAGGAUGAAGCGAAAAAAGAAGGCAACGAGUAUGAAGUAGCUGUGAGAUUGUUUAAAACCGUUGCUCAAUGGCUGACCUGCGCGAUUAACCGUUGCUCGAACGGAAACGAAAUCGAGUACUUCGAGCUGUUGCCGAUCGCUUGCCGGCUGGAGCGUUGCGAACAAGAUCAGGAGCUGGCCGAGAUUUGCACCACUCUACUGGCGAUGAUUUCACAAGCCCUUACGCUGGUGCCAUGUAUGGAUGCUGCUCUAAACAAGAUAGCCGACAUUUCGAAAAUGGCAUCGUGGUCAGCACGGCGAGCAGUGAUUGACGUACUACAGGUUUUGGUAUUCUACAAUAUGACAAUAAUUCUAAGCAAUGAACAGUGGAAAACGAAAACACAAGAAAUUGUUCUUCGUUUGUUGGAAGACAAUGUCGUGGAAGUAAGGGAAAAAGCUGCCGAGGUUCUUUGUGGUUUACUGCAUUGUUGCUUCCUCACGGCUACCGACGAGCUCUUGGAAUUAUUCAAAGAAAAAUGUCGUACAAAAAUGAUCAAAGCUAAAAGGUUGAGAGUAGCCCCAAGCUGUUCCAGUGAAGCAAAUAAAAGCGAUGGGCUGGAAGCAAACGCGGUUCGUGCACGCCACUCCGGUGUUCUCGGGCUAUGUGCCUUUAUUUCUGCGUAUCCGUACGAAGUGCCUGAAUUUGUUCCGAAUGUUUUUGAACAUUUGGGAGCACAUCUAAAUGAUCCGCAGCCGAUUCCAGCGACGAUACGUAAAACAAUGGGUGAUUUCAAACGAACUCAUCACGAUAACUGGGAGGUACAUCAGCUCAAAUUCACCGAAGACCAACUUGCCGUAUUGAGUGAUUUAACGAUUCCACCUUCAUAUUAUGCGUGAAAAGGCAACUAUGUUUAUGUUUAGAGACUAAUGGAACUGAUUUUAAUUUCAAAUCAGCGGAUUAUGUUAGUUUACAGAGGAAGUUUAUUAUAAUUAUUGUUCAAAGUAUUUGAUGAUUUUUCUUCGUUACGCGGUUUCAUUGGUAGUCCACCACACGAUGCCAAAUGUGAUGUGGUUUUUAAUGUAUAUUAAUUUUGCUUGAAAGGGCGAAUAAACUUUUUGAGGUUGAGUUGG